GUACUGAAUUAAUACCGAUCAGCACAAAAUGCUGACUGCAGACUGCAGACCGGGUACAACAUGCACACUAGGUACAAAAUGCAGACUGCAGUCUAGGUACAAAACGCAGACUGAGAAUAAAGACUUUUUUAGUCAAAUACGUUUUAUAUCUUACCCCGCAUGUCACGCAGUCGCUUUUCCGCAGUCAUCGUCGACGAAAAUUUGGCCCGUUUCUUCAUAUACAGUAUUUUGUUUUUAACAAAGUAUCAAGGUCAUGCUAGUUCUUAACUAGAAUCUGAAGCUGUCUUCGUCUUCUCCACCGCACGCAAGGUCAAUAGUCAACCCAAAUAACACGCAAUAUUCAAGAAACAAUGAUGGUCAAUGAUCAAUCAGCGUUCAUUUUGUAGCUAGCCCUAAUCAUAACCCUAACCAUUACCCUAACCCUAACCCUAACCCCAAUGAGCUUUCGCGUCGUGCAAAAUCAACAAUUUGAAUCGCGGACUUCCGGUGUUGGACCAGCCCUCUCGAUCCCCGCCGCAGGCCAGAAGGAUCGUGGGCUCUGGGGACGAGAAUGCUACGUUUCUCGUUCCGCUGGAGAUCUUGCACAUGCGCAGACAUUUUUCAGUCAUGUUCAGGGAGACGACAGGGAGACUAUAUUGCAUGUUACCAUGAAGUGUAAACUAAACCUGUAGGCAACUGGUGGUGUAAAUGUCGAUAAAUGAAUCCGUCAAAGGAAGAAAAAGAUGGCAAGGAUGAUUUUGCCAAGGGAAUUGCAUAUUUCUGGAGGUCGACGAACUUAGAACCUCGCAUAAGGAGCGUCGCAUUAAGUACUGGAAUAUCAAAGGUAGCCUUAGGAAAUAGCCACACUUUGCUUCUUACGUUUGAUUCCCAGUUGCUUUCCGUCGGGGAUAAUUCUUUUGGCCAGCUCGGUCUUGGUGACCUUAAGCCUCGUCGGGAACCGGCAGUUAUUCAUUAUUUUCGUGAGAAACGUGUGCUUGAGAUUUCUUGCGGUGGUCAGCACAGUGGUGUCGUUUGUGCAAGUAAUGAAAUCUUCUUCUGGGGAGAUUCGUCCAGUGGACAGUGUGGUAUUGGAGAUAUAAAACUGGUUAACCAACCUACACGAGUCCAGUUUGAACGGUUUAAUACCCGGGAUACCAGAGAAACAAAUCCUUCUACGCAGCAAGACAAAGACAAAAAGACGAGCGAACCUGUGAUCAUACAAAUUGCAUGUGGAGAUUCCCACUCACUCGCAGUGUCUACUGAUGGCGAGGUCUGGUCAUGGGGUACCGGUUGUCAGCUGGGACAUGGUGUAGAGAUUGAUCAAGUAACAGUACCAACCCAAAUAGAGUUUUUAAUUGGAAAGCAUGUUACAUCAGUUGCCUGUGGAGCAUAUCACAGUCUAGCUGUUAUUCAAGGGGAUCUGUCAUAUCCUACUUUCAUGCUUUCAAAGGGCGAUGAAGAUUUAACGUCACUGACAGGAAAACCUCCCAAACGGGAAAAAUUAAGGAAGAAGCAAAGAAAACUGUCAAAGAGAUCAUCCCCAAAACAUCUGAUCACAGGAAAGCAUGAGUCGCAUAGAACUUUAAAAGUUGACAUGAUUACUUGCUCAUCAAACAUUGCAAAACCUAGUGUUACAAGAACUUAUCUCAGCUAUGAGCCUGUUGUCACUGAGAAAAGAGCUGGGAGUACAUCUGGGGUUGUGGCCAACACAUGUACAGUGCUUAAUUUGGGCCAGGAUCAGAGUAAAGAAAAACUCUUGAAUAAUGAACAAAGUAAAUUGAAGCCAUUAAGUAGUUGUGGUGUCCAUGCAGGUGCUGUUGUUUCUGGUCAAGAUGAGGGAGAAGUUGCAUCUCACUUAUCUAUUGAGAGAAGUACAAACAGCAAUGAUGCAUCGCUAAUUGUUUGCGAAAGUACAUUACAGGAAGCCAGGAUUGACAAAUCUGUGAACAUAGACAGUGAGAAAACUGAGUCUUUUCAAACACAAUCUUCCACUUCCAUUGAAACUACAGAAUCAAAUGAAAACAGUUUUUCUUCCAAUUCACCAGAUGAAUAUCUCUCUGAUGUUUCUCCCUUUAGUCCUACAAGUGCUACAAGUGUUACAUAUUUUGCAAGCACUGAUUCUGACUCAGAGGAUUCUCUUUCAAAAGUAUGUCAGGACAGGAAACCAAAGGAAACAGUGGGUGCAGUGGUUAGUAAGAAUUCAUCUGGUUUUUACAGUGCUGUUGGUAGCAGACUGAUCAGACCUGACGUGAACCUCAGCAAAUUGACCAGUGCUGUAGUAGGAUCAGUGACUGGCAUGUUUACGACUUCAUUACUUGGACAAAUUUCUCAUUGUGAUCCUCCCAGAGCUGUGAUGAUAAAUACCCCUUGUAAACAGUGUGGUUUGCUUGGUCUUUGUCUUUGUGAUGCAGCUGGGAGCAAAUUUAAACUAGCUGGAGCAAACACUCAGGUGUGGUCAUGGGGGAGGGGAGGCUGUGGACAGCUUGGCCUGGGAGACACAGAAGAUAGAUUUUACCCAUGCUGUGUGAAAGAGCUAAGUGAUGUUGGAGUAAUCAAGUUAGCAGCUGGAACCUUUCAUUCAUUGGCUCAAACAGUUUGUUCUCAGGUCUUCUCCUGGGGAGACAACUCUUGUGGUCAGUUAGGACGCAAGAAAAGCAUGGCCUUACAACCCAAGAAAAUCAGGUGUUUUUCAGAUGUCAUGAUCUGGGACGUUGCAGCUGGGAGUCACUACUCCUUAUUUAUUGGUGAUAUGGCAAUUAGCAAGCCUGAUGUUUAUCUCUGUGGUCGUCAGCCGAGGUACGCACACAGCACUGUUGGUCAAUAUGUAAUUUCUAAGUUAACUGACUUAAACAAAAUAAAGAAUAAAAACUUAAGGUAACAGUAAAUGUUUCAACCACGCUUCAGUUGUUAUCAUUUGGAGUUGAAAUAAAACAAAGUAGCACAUACACAUAUAAUUAUAUAUUUCUGCAAGGGUUUCAUUAUGGGCCAGGCAUUGGGCAAAUUGACCAGCUGUGAACAGAACUUUGCCUGGCUGCUUCACUGAUAAUUACUUCCAUUAAUAGUACUUUUGCUGAUGAGCUGCUUUUAUGUGUCUAACAGUUUUCUAAAAAGUUGAGCUUAUUUCAAAUCACUUCCCUUGCGUCGAGGCAAUUUACCCAUUGAUGAUGCACUGCAAAAACAACUGGUCUGCAUGGAAGCCUACUUGCAAUGUGUCAAAAUUAUGAGCAAAUCCACCUGUAAUGUUGACUACUGGAGAAAGGAUGCAACCAACCAAAAAAAAAUAUGAAUUGCCAUAUUUUUCUUCUCUACUUGAGAAAAAGGGUCUGAAAGAGGUAUGCAGAGUUGCGUGUGAGACACACUGGUACUUUGAGUCCUGUAAUGUUGGAUGGAUUUAUUUAUUUUUUGUGUUUAAACAGUACUACAUGUAUGAGUGGAGAUCAGUACCAUUUCCAAUGCACUUAUGAGAUAUUACAUACAGGCACUUCCAUUACCAUUCCAUUAUUUUUUUAUUGCAUGACAGGGAAAAAAAUACUGUAAUAUAAGUAUUGUAACUAGUGCAUGUAUAAAUAGUGCAAGUAUAAGUAGUGUAAGUAGCAAGUACAGUGUAAGUGUAAAUGUAAGUAUAAUAUUACUAUCUUAAGUAGUGUAAGUGUUUGUCUUGUAAAUAAAAUCGUAUUUAAAAAAAAAAGAAAGCCAACGAACACUGGGCUUUAUCUACAUUAUGAUAGUCAUGUUGACCAUCAAUUGCUACCAUACAAGCCUAUUAAAAACAAUGCUAUACGGAGCCUAUUGACUGUCAUCAACUUGGUAAGCUUUCACCAACAAGUGCGAGCUUCUCUAGACCACCUUUGCAGAACUUCACUAUCCAACAAAGUUAAUUGAUUCAACAAUUAAGGCAUUCAUACACAACCAAACCAUUGGCACCAGGUCCAGUGUGCCUAAAGAAAACUCCAGCAAGGAACCCAUCGUGAUCACCAUUCCGUUUAAGACCAAAGAUUAGCCAAUAACACAAGAAAUCAGCUAAAGCCCUUGAGCAGCAAAAUCAGCACGCGAUCACAACCAGUGUUCACAAGGCAAAAAAUCAGAGACUUUCUGAAACCCAGGGAACAGAAGCCAAAAAUCAUCAGCAAACAAUGCUCUGUGUACUAUUUAAAUGUGAUCCAUGUGAUAUGGACUACUGGUGUGUUGGAUACAGCAACUGACAGUUACAUCACCAUAUUGCUGAACACAAUACCCUGAAUUUGUCAAUUGCAAAGCACAUGUUUAGCACACACAGAAUCUCAAAACCGGUUUUAACCCAUUGAAUCCCAGAACUUUUUGCCAAAAAUGCAUUUUGUGGACAUUUUGGAGAUUUUCAGGCUGGAUAUGGGCCAAAUUAACUCCAAUCUACUCAAAAAGGUAUUUGCAACACGACAGCAUGCUUUUCUUUCCACUAGCAUCGCGUUUUACGACAUGUUUGCUCGGAGAUACACAGAAAUCAAAAUUUCGAGAAAGUGACCUACGUCGUUAGGCUUUUCAUUUUUUAAUUGUUU